AGUGGACUGGAGAGGGGGUUGGGGGGGGUAGGAUUCUUAAUUUAUUGCAGCCGUAUGCUGUAUUAAUACCUUUAUGUAUUAUGCAUUAGUGCCUGUUUUUAGAGUGUGAAAUCUUAAUGACACAUUUGUCCAUUUAACACCAAGACUUUUGCCAGAAACGUUAAACAAAUCAGGCUUUAAACCUUUCUCUGUGUCCCGAUGAUAGAAGAUCUCUUCAUAUCUCAUCAGAAAAUGAUGUAAAGGAAGCCAACCUUGCUCUGUUAUUAUAGCUUUAGAUCCGUUGAAUGCUCCUGUGCAGAUUGUGGCGUUCAUUUUGACUGUCUUUCUGCAUUUUCACUCCUGUCCAAAGAGGCCCCUACCAUGGUGGUGGGGGGAGGGGGGUUAGCAGCAGUGAUCCAUGGGGAAUCCCAUAAUGCCCUUGAUAUAAACAGGAAGUGACCGGGAAGAGGCGCGCUGUGGUGUGGAUAACGGGGGGGAAGCGCAGAAUGGCAGCUGUAUGAAACCGUGGCCCACAGCCCGACCCCAGAGUGCACUCGGCUCUCGGAUUCACCUGCUUCAGCGGCGCACGUUCCCAUUCCCGCCCGGAAGCUCCCAUUCCGUGCUGUUCUGCUCUGCUCCCGAGGAACACGGGACUAAGGAUGAGUCAGAGCAAACGGGGGAACGGAGUCGUGGAGGGCCAGGGUCCAGUGAGGUAGAAGAGGGUCUCUCUUGCGAUCGGCGGGCAGCGGUCACUGUCCUGGACGUCCCAGUUCGGGUGCAGGUUGCCGAGCUGUAGUCUGCGGACGUGUGUGUUUUCCCACCUCUCUGGGGGCGCAAAGCCCCCUUCCUUCCCCGUGGGCUCGGCGCGGGUUUGAAAAGCUGCUGGCGGAGGCCGGUUCGACAGCCCCCUCCCCAGCCCCCAGUUCAGUUUGCCUUGGGCCAUUUGUCCAAGACCAGAGCUCAGCAGCUCGGCGGACAUUUGAGUUGCGAAGCUGGUGGUUCCCGUGCCCGGAUCCCGGGUGAGACGCAGCGGGAUUGGGGGAGGCGUUUCUGCGGGGAGCUGCGUCCCCGAGAAUGGAGCUCUGGAAACGUUAUCCUGCUGAGAGCGAGCGAGCGAGAGGGGCUGUCCCAGACGAGCCCGACUGCAUCCGACUGCCUGGACCCCUGCCCGGCUCCUCCUCUGCUUUUGCCCUGCGACAUUGUCUCCAACACAAGGUCACGCUCACUGAUUUGAAGUCAGCUCUUCCCUCUACUAAUCAGUGCCUUCUAUUCUGUAGUUCAGCCAAAUGCAUUUGUACAUAUAUAUAAACCAAACAGGCCAGCUCAGCUAAAGGUUUCUCAUUCCCCCUCCCCAUGGUCCUGAAGUUCCUGGGUGUAGUCUCCCCUUCUGAUCCUCGUAAAGACGCAUCUCCUGCAGGAUAUGCCGGGAAUUGCAAUGGGAACCUAUAGCGAUUCUCCUUUAGUUUUGGCUGCUGAAGUCGCUGUCAGUUUGCCAAGCAGCAACGGGAAAAAAAGGCCAUCAGGAGAAUAUACAAGUAGGAACGAUUGAACGUAUCAGAAUCAAGUCUUUUUGUGACUGAAAAUGAGCCUUGUGUCUGUUGCUGGCUGGGAUAGGAUGAACCAGUUUUUACCAGCUGCGUGGGACUGAGCAGUCCUCGUGGGGCUGUGUGUGCCUGGUUCGGGCUCCAGUCAGAAAGCAGAGAAACUGGGGUGGGUCAGUUUCCCCUCCUCUGGUAUUAAUAUCAUGCCUCUGCCUGACCGUGUGCUCAGGGUUGAAUGGGUGUUUGUGUGUGCUCUGUCUUGUGCUUGGCGUUUUGCUUCAGCGCCAUCCCCGUGUCCGAUUUCAACACGGCGGUGGCGGGGGGUGGGGGGACCGCUCUGUGGUAGCAGAGCCGACACGCCUGCGGAUUGAGGUCCUUUGGGAGCCUCCGGGGCGAAUUGGGGAAGCACCUGAGAGUUCACAGAAAAUAACUCCCCCCGCCUUGAGUUCGUCUUUGCCCUCUUCCUCCGGACACGGAGUCGUUAGCGCUGAAGGAGUUUUAAUUUCUGCGGUUCUAUUUCGGAGCGCAGCUGAAGAAAACGAUCCCCCCACCCGGGUCGCAAAAUAUCCAUUUGCAGGCGGUAAAUCAUGCUCGCUUGUGGAAGACGGGCCAGAGGCUGGGACGGACGGGCUUCACAAACGUCUGCUUUUUUUGUGUGCGUGUCUUGGAACUGAGAGAGAGCGGCAGAAAUACCUAACUGAGAAACCCCAAAACAUAAGCGCAAUAGCGUCGCAAACACAAACGGACGCUGUGCGCGACAGGGGCGACUGUCCACGGCGUGUUAGUGAACCUACAUUGACUUCAUCAUCAUCAUCAUCAUCAUCAUUGUACGAUUCGAUAAUACUUUCCUACCCGAAUUCUCAGGACUUUGUUUUCCCUCCUCGCCGCUAUGUUUUACACACAGAGAGACUUGCAAGAAUAUGCAAACAGUAGAUAUAAACAUUCCGCUAGGAAUGAAGAUAACAUUACCUAAAAGACGUCAACCCAUACCUAGAUCUACAGGAACCCCCCCAGGAUACCAUAGGCUGUACGUUCACUCCCCACGAUCACCCCCUGUAACUGCUCAACACCCCUUCAUUGUCACACGACCGCUAACUGCCCUUGCCCAGGAGCCGGUACUGCUGAACUCUGAACUCAUUUGCCGAGUAGUUUCAUUGAACGUGGGAUAAAGAAAUUCCUCACUCUGUCGCGUCUGCUUUGAGGGGCUCUAAAACGUCUGUUAUGACAUUGUGUGUGUUCAGUCGUUCAGUCCAGUUCGACUCUUCGUGACCUCAUAUGCUUCAGCGUGCCAGGCCUGUCUGUCAACAACUUUUCUGCGCUCUUACCAAUUCAUAUUCAUUACUACGGUAAUGCUAUCUAUCCCUCUUAACCUCUGCCGCCAUAGGGUUUUCUUGGCGAAAUACCGGAGUGGAUUCCCAAUACCGUCUCCAGUGGACCCUAUUUAGUCUAAUCUCUCUGCCAUGAGCGUCCCGUCUUGAGUAGCCCUUCGCGGUAUAGCUCAUAGCCUGAGAUACGCACGCCCCUUCACCGCGACAAGGUAAUGACCAGACGGGGGUUAUUACAUUAGCACUCGGCAUUCCCAGAAUAUUGAUACGAGAGGGAAUCUCUGCUUCUAGAAACGUGGAAUUCCCUCUCCCCUCCACUAGAGGUCUCUGGUAAAGUUUUUCCGCCAGUCUGCAGCUGCGCUCUCGCCAUUACAAGCUCGCCUCUCCAAAUUCGGCACCUCCAGGAGCCUGGGCAGCGCGGGCACGCCGCGCCGGUGCGAGUGCGCGCCCACGACCCCCCCCUCUGCCUAGCUAUCCGCGGGGCCGCGCAGCGCGUUCCCCCUCCCCAGACUUAGAAAAGUUCUUGCGGUUCCGCGCAGGCGAGCAACGCGGGGCAUCAGCUGGAACAGCUUCACGUCGGCGUCUGCCUCUCCCCCCCCCCCUCCCGGAUCAGAACAGCAAAGCACAGCACAGCACCCGUCCGCCUGACGGCGCCGAACCCAGACUCGGAACCAUGGACGACCUCGACGCUCUGCUCGCCGACCUCGAGUCCACGACCUCGCACAUCUCCAAGCGGCCCGUGUUCCUGCCCGAGGAGACGCCUUACUCCUACCCGACCGGCGGGCACACCUACCAGGACGUCGCCCCGCCCGUGCCCCCCCCGCCCUCGGCCGAGGCGCUCAACGGGGCCGUGCUCGACCCUCUCGACGGCUGGUCCGCGCCGCCUCCCCCCUCCCGCUACUCCCCGCCGCAGACCAUCAGCACAGUGAAGAGUGUGCCCCCGGCGUCUCGGGACAGCGCCAGUUCCCCGCCUCUCCACAGCGAGGAAGACCACGUCUACAGACACCCUGGCCAGCCCCUCCGCUCCUGCCCCCGUCCCAGCCUCCCCUUCUCCCAGAGUGCCGUUCGUGGCCCCUUCUCCCCCUGCCGCCGCCCGCGACUCCCCCCGCUGCGUACGCCCAGUCCCCUGGAGCCCCUGCACAUUGACGAGGAGGGGGCUGGUGGCGCCCCCCAUUCUGGGGCACCCUCGCUGGCCUCCCGCGUCUCCCAGUCCGGCUCGCCCGCUGUGGCGGCGGCGGCUGCCCAGCAGUCCCCGUUCCCAGCGCCCGAAACCCGCCGUGCCAGCCAAGAGGCGAUCGUCGACGUCUCGCCCUCCGUGCUCGCUUCCCAGCUGCGGUCGCUGGUGGUUCUCUCGGAAACGGAGGCGCAGCGCCUGACCUCAGUCUCGCCGGCGCCCCCUGCCGCGAUCCCAGGUCCCGCGAAGAAGGAGGAGCCGCGGGUCGUGGGGGAGUAUCCGGGGGGGAGGCUGGAGUCUCGCCCGUGCGGCGGCGGCGCAGAUCCGGCGUCAGUGGAGCCCUCGCUGGACGAGGCCCUGGACAAGCUGUGGGACAUGAGCUGCGCGCUGGGGGCGGGGGCGGGGGCGGGGGAGGACAGGGCGGAGGCGGCGCAGGAGGUGGUCGAGGAGCGCAUCGUGGCUGUGGACAGGCGGGAGGUGCUCCCGGACACUUUGCACCUCCGGGAACAGGGGGGAAAAGGAGAGGAAAGAGUGGAUCACACCGCACCCCACCCCGACACGCCAGCAGGAGGGAGCCCCAGGAGUGCGGAAGGGAAAUGCACUACGCCGCCCCAGGGGGAGCCCGAGGCUGUGGGGACCCCCGGCAGCCCCCUAGACCUGCCGCCGCUGGAGCCGCCCGCGGUGGAACGGAUCUCCGCGUCCGGCCAGAUCAAGUCGGUCAUCAAGCGCACGAAGGAGACCACCAACGUGCACCCCAUGUAUCGCGAGGGGCAGCCGCGCCGCAUGCUGGGGCCGGUCAUCUUCCACAAGAGCAGCUCCCAGGACCGGCUCAUCGAGGAGCUGCAGGGCAAGCUGGGCAUCGGGCGGCAGGAGCGCUGGCGCUCGCGCCAGGACGACUGGCUGACCGAGGGCGUGAUCGUCAUGUCCAAACCUUUCCCCCUGCGCUGGGACGCCCCCUUGGACGAAUACCAGGACCUGCGAGCGCCGCCCACCUUCGCCGCCCGCCUGUACCCCCCGCAGCCCGCAGAGCCCCCCUUCUCCAUGCCCGUUGCCCCUCCCUGCCCCCCCCAGCCCGCCAGGCCCCCCGGCCCCCCUGCACCCAAAGACCUGGUGUCCAUAGCGUGCCAGACCGACGAGGACCCCCUCUUCCCUCCCAUGCAGGCCCUCGCCCCGCCUCCUGUCGGCCGGCACGCCCCCCACCUCGCCUCGCGCCCUCCGCCCAGCCCGCCCGCGAGCGAGAAGAUCAUGGCCCAGGGAAAGGGUGGAGGGGUGUCGCCCACCGGUGCCCCCAAGCCAGGGAACAAGCUGGACAACAUGCUGGGGAGCCUGCAGUCGGACCUCAAUCGGCUGGGCGUGCAGACUGUUGCCAAGGGCGUCUGCGGGGCCUGUAAGAAGCCCAUCGCCGGGCAGGUGGUGACGGCCAUGGGCAGGACCUGGCACCCUGAGCACUUCGUCUGCACCCACUGCCAGGAGGAGAUCGUGCUGGUGCUGGUGUCGUGCCGGUACUGGUGGACAGUGCUGGUGCUGGUGUCGUGCUGGUUCUGGUGGACAGUGCUGUGCUGGUUCUGGUGGACAGUGCUGGUGCUGGUGUCGUGCUGUGCUGGACUCGCCCGGCUCAUGUUGCUUUUACAGAAAGUGGUGACGGCCCUGGACCGGACGUGGCACCCCGAGCAUUUCUUCUGUGCGCAGUGCGGGUCCUUCUUCGGCCCGGAAGGCUUCCACGAGAAGGACGGGAAGGCCUACUGCCGCAAGGACUACUUCGACAUGUUCGCGCCCAAGUGUGGCGGCUGCGCCCGCGCCAUCCUGGAGAACUACAUCUCCGCGCUGAACGCGCUCUGGCACCCCGAGUGCUUCGUCUGCCGGGAGUGCUUCACGCCCUUCGUGAACGGCAGCUUCUUCGAGCACGACGGGCAGCCCUACUGCGAGGUGCACUACCACGAGCGCCGCGGCUCGCUCUGCUCCGGCUGCCAGAAGCCCAUCACCGGCCGCUGCAUCACCGCCAUGGGCAAGAAGUUCCACCCCGAGCACUUCGUCUGCGCCUUCUGCCUGAAGCAGCUCAACAAGGGCACCUUCAAGGAGCAGAACGACAAGCCCUACUGCCAGCACUGCUUCGUCAAGCUCUUCAGCUAGGAGCCCCCUGGGGGCGGGGCUGGGCAUGGUGGGGGCGGGGUGAUUGUGGAGGCGGGGCAAGGGCUAGGUAGGGGGUGGGGUAGGUUGAUUGUGGAGGUGGGGGUGUGGGCGGGGUUGGGGGCGGGGUAAGGGCUGGUAGGGGGCGGGGCGGGGCGUCUGCAGGUCUGGUCGGGUUUGUUUUUGUUCCCCCGGUUCAAAUCCAUACCCCUCCGUUCUGCCCCACUCUCUUCCCUUCAGCUGGUGUUGCUGCGCCUGCGUGCAGGGGGCGCUGCGAUUCCCCAGCGGGCAGCCAGCUGAGACCUAUCGAGCGUGGCCUUGGGGAAACUGAUUUUUGGGUUUGAUUUUGUUUUUUUUAUUUUCAUCUAUCCUUCAGAUAAUAAACACGAGUCGUUUCUCUUGGGAGAAAAAACACUGAGGUGCUCCGUGGAGAGUAGCCCAGCGGUGUUCACCAGUAAAACUCAGGGGUGCUGCUUGCAGCUUUACUGCUCUCUGCUGACAGGCGGCUGUGCAGAACUAGAUCGAUCGGCUCACUGUAUGUAUAUAUAUAGCGCCUUUCAAGAGAGAAGGACCACCUCAGGGCGCUGUCUCGGCUGUGUCUGCGCAGCUGCCGCCCCGGCUCAGCUCCCCUGAGUCUCAGCCCCGACGUGUCUCAUUGUGGGCGUGGCUGCGCUGUUCAAAAUCUACAUAUAUAUAUAUUUCUAAAUCUACACAUAUAUCGAUGGUUUUCUAGCGAGUCAUACCCGACUGCUUUCUAAGCCAUCUUUGAGGGGGGCGUGGGGGGGUGUUCAGUUAUUUCCCCAGUCGUUACCAUUCAUGCACCCUGCCCUCGAAGUUAUUGGGCAGCUGGUUUUCCACACCCUGCCUCCCUCCUGUACUCCUGCCCGCGCUGGGACGCUGCUCUGUCCUUCAAGGGCAGAAGUCGGAAAUCAAACCGCUGGUAAGGCUCUUCCAGACUGCCUGUGAGAAACAGAAGGUAGGAUCUUCGCUGUCGGGCUCUUUAGCCCGGGCGUGAAGCACACAGAGGCGAGGGCGAAGUGUUCCCUGGCGAACGGCGGUGCCCUCCGCUAUCCGUCUGUGCAGCCCUAUCGCCGAGCCAGUUCCACAGUGUCCCUUUUAUAUGGCAGUAAACGCUGAACUGAUAUCGUUACUCUCUUUACCUGAGAUGCAGAGCUAUUCACGGGUCUCCAGUAUUGUACAAUUCAAUAUCUGUGUGAUGUCUCACUGGCACUGAGGAGAUGCAGGUUUUGUAAUGAGAUGUAUUUUUGCAGUCCAGGUGGAAACUUCCUGUUGCUAUUUAGGCCACAGCAGUGUUGGUAUGAAGUCAGUAUCACUCUGCACUUUCUUCAGAUGGCUCUGUUCUUCCUUCUUUUGGGGGGAAAAACUAAAGGUGCAUUUUACAGCUUGGUAUAUUAAUAUAUCAGGAUAAUAUUUUUGUAAAGCUUUCCUAUGGAAAUUUUUUCAUAUUUAAGAAAAACAGAGAAGAAUAUCGGGAAUAGAUACAAAUUCUAUAUAAAUUUAUAUACACAUUGUCCAAAGGAAAGAUGCAUCUAUCCCCAGCCCCAUUAAGCUCUGUCUCUACAGAAGCACACCGGAAAUAGCUCUGAAUCUGGUUCUCAAUACUAACAGAGCUGCGCAGAGACUACUGCUCAUGCAAACGUUGUUUUUAAUCUUUUUUCAUACAGCGGGUCUAAUGUCAUUUUUAUCCUCUUCAAUCUCCGCUAAAGUUUAAACUUCAGAGAACUGUGUGGUUGAAACCCGAAUGUGAAUUUUUAUUUUUUUAUCAUACAGUAUAUAUAAAAGUGGAUUAACUUUGUAUGGUUAGUUCUUGGCUGUGAGCGCUUAUCACUCUGCUCUUGUUAACAGCAGCAAUAAUAACAUGAAUAUUUUUUUAAAAGUUUAAUCUUAGGUAAAAACUCUGAACUUAUAUUUGCUCUGUUCUCUUUCUCUAGGGCAUAUGUACAGUGUUCUUAACUGCUGUAAAUCACAGAUUUCAUACAGAAGUGUUUUAAAUCUUUGUGGUAUUACUUUUAUAUCUUGUACAUUUUUGAUAAAACGGUGGAUCCCUGCUGUAUUAAAUUAUGCAGCCUUGUGUGGCACAACACCAGGCACAAAGCAGAGCACACACUAACACUGCAGUCCCCGGCGCAGCAGGGCCUGGGGCAGAUGCACGUGCCGUGUUGCUGCAGCAGGGCUGUGUAGCGCCGCGCUUUCGGACCCGUUGUGCAAGUCCAAACCUCCGUCGUGCGGCGAAGCUGGAGGCUGACCCCCGGCCUGUGGGAGGGACGGUUGCCUUGGAGACGCCUCACGCGUGUCCUCGCGCCUCUGGGGUCACGGAAUAAUCGCGGAACUGCUGUACGCGUCUUGGGCUCGCGUCUUCGACUUGCUUCAGAAUUAUUCUCUGUGCCGUAAAAAACCCCGUUUGUCAGAUUCCAUUAAUUUCUGUUUUUUACGGCGAGUCUUAAAUCAUUUUAAUCAGGUGUUUUAUUUUAUUUUGCCUUUGGUCAGAAUGUUUUAGUUCUUUCAGCAGCGGGAUGUGUGAAAACAGGUUUAUGCAAUGUAUCCAGUGAGAGGGAGGGGUGUGUGUUGGGAGUCGAGAGGCAGUUGCAGACAGUAGUUUAAAGAGACACUGGAUGACGGCACACUCAGAGGAAGGGUGCUGUGCAGCGACUAUACUCCUUAAGUCCACACCUCUUCAAAAGUCGGACUCAUCGACAGGUUGCGUCAAGUCUGUGCUUGUAUUGCUCUUGGUCAGCCAGGUUUGCACAGCACGCAAGAUUUGUGAAUGUACAUUUGAGAACAACUAGAGAAGGCGCAUUGAGCCCUGUUACCUUUCCGCAUGUAUGAAAUCAUUUAUUUCUUAAAACAAGCGGUUGAUAUCGUAAUCCACUUUUGCGCUUGCCCAAAUAGCCUCUACUGUCUUUGCCACUGAAGUGGUCGAAAUUGAAAUGAUGAAACGUUUGUGCCAAAGGGCAUAUUAUGUGCUGUAAAGAUCACUUGGAUUUUGCCUUUUCUCAACACUUGGUGCCUGUGCCAAACCUUCAACAGCCUUGUUUUUUUUCAGAUGUGCCAAGUGCUUCAGUUCGCUGGUCAGGCUGCCUGCCAGCCUGGGCCCAAGCUCAUGGGUUUAGCCGUUGUGAAGUCACUGGGUCACAGGGGUGGGCCUGCCCCCUGACCUGUGAUCUUAUUGGCUGAGAUCAAGUGUCUUUGGGUCAUGCCGCUGUACGUGUGGGUGUGGUUGGUCACUGCUGCCCUAAAGAGGGCACAGUGAGGGGUACCUGGGGGUGAGAGCCCCCUUUUCUUCCUGUAGGCUUCUCCUUCUCCCCCACAGUGGCUGUUCAGUUUAAUCGGUGUUCCCAUCUCCGUCAUAUCAAGUCAUGUCACUAGUUAACCAAAGGGAACUGUUGAAGCAACUACUUUCUCUCUUUAGAGGUUUUUUGGUCUUAGUUCUGUUGUAUUUUGUUCUGCCCUGCAGAUGACAUGUAACAAUCUUUUUUUUUGUCUGUGAAUCAAAUGGCUAAAGCAUUUACUUUCAUGUGAUAUUAUGCCAAUAAAAUAAAAACCUUUUGGUACUUU